GUCUCUCACUCCACGACCAAGCCGUUGAAACGAAGAAAGGAACAAGAACUCUGUGUCUACUUUUCCUCGAUCCCUCGCAGCUCAGCUCCGUCGGUCACCUCCUCCGGUUCCGAUGGGUUCCCCCGCCGUGUCCGAGCGAGUGGAGCUUGCCAAUUUCUGCCGCUUGCGCGAUUGGUCAAAGGCCAUCCGUGUCCUGGAUGCGCUCCUUGCUCACUCCUCCUCCAUUCAAGACAUCUGCAACAGAGCGUUCUGCUAUAGUCAAUUGGAGCUGCACAAGCAUGUAGUUAAGGACUGUGAUAGGGCGCUACAGCUCGACCCGACACUUCUUCAGGCCCACAUCCUCAAAGGUCGGGCAUUAUCUGCUUUGGGGAGGAAGGUGGAUGCGGUAUUGGCAUGGAAGAAAGGAUAUGAACAUGCUUUGAGUCAGUCUGCUGAUCUGAAGCUAUUAUUGGAGCUGGAAGAGCUUCUGAGUUCAGCAAAGCAAGAUCAGAUUAACGGUUUUGAGAAAGAUGUGGAAUCCAUGCCAUCUCUUUCUCCUCCGGAGUUGAUAUCUCAAGUUGAUGAUGAAUCGAGCAAAAGUCAGUCUAACGAGCAUAAUUUAAGUGACAAGCUGAAAAGUUACAGCAAGUCAAAUGGUACAUCGGAUGAGAGCAAUCAUAAUCUUGAGACGUGCAACGGAUUUACUGAUGAAGGCAGGGUUAGCGAAAAGCAUAACUCCAGCAGAAAUGGAAAUCUUGGUGUUAUUGAUACAGUCAGUAAUGACGCCAUAUCAGGGGAGUUAUCCUUAUCUUGCAGUGGAUCAUCAAGCAGCUCAUCCGACGUGACUGAUGUUAGUUCGAAGUCGGUGGAAAAAUCCGUCACUCAAAGUGACAUAGUUGAUAAAGCCAAGAAAAAUAAGAAGUUCUGUGUCACUAGGAUAUCAAAGAACAGAUCAAUAAGUGUAGAUUUUCGGUUAUCAAGAGGCAUAGCGGAGGUUAAUGAGGGAAAAUAUGCCCAUGCUGUAUCCAUCUUUGAUCAGAUAUUGAGAGAGGAUCCUACUUACCCUGAGGCUUUGAUAGGAAGAGGGACUGCAUAUGCAUUCCAGCGGGAACUUGAUGCAGCCAUUUCGGAUUUUUCGAAGGCUAUACAAGCAAACCCAUCUGCUGGUGAGGCAUGGAAGCGAAGAGGCCAAGCCAGAGCCGCUUUAGGGUCAUCUGCCGAGGCUAUCACCGACUUGACAAGAGCAUUAGAAUUUGAGCCAAACUCGGGAGAUAUCUUACAUGAAAGAGGAAUUAUAAAUUUCAAGUUCAAAGAUUUUGAUGCUGCUGUUGAGGAUUUAUCAACCUGUAUCCAGCUUGACAAGGACAACAAAUCUGCAUACACAUACUUGGGUUUGGCUUUGUCGUCAAUUGGGGAAUAUAGAAGGGCUGAAGAAGCUCACAUGAAAGCUAUACAACUUGAUCAAAACUUCCUUGAGGCAUGGGCUCAUCUAACCCAGUUUUAUCAUGAAUUAGCAAAGCCUCUGAAAUCUUUGGAGUGCAUUCAACGAAUUCUGCAUGUUGAUAAAAUGUUUGCGAAAGUUUAUCAUUUAUAUGGCCUACUUCUACAUGGAAUGGGAGAGCACAGGAAGGCUAUUAAGGAACUCUCAACAGGGUUGAGCAUUGAGAGCUCAAACAUCGAGUGCUUGUAUUUAAGAGGUUCCUGCUACCAUGCUGUUGGAGAUUAUGUGGCUGCGGUUAAGGACUAUGAUGCUGCACUUGACCUAGAACUAGAUUCAAUGGAGAAGUUUGUGCUUCAGUGUCUGGCCUUCUAUCAGAAGGAGAUAGCUUUAUAUACUGCUUCAAAAGGCAAUACUGAAUUCUGCUGGUUUGACCUUGAUGGAGAUAUUGAUCCUCUUUUCAAGGAGUACUGGUGCAAGAGGUUGCACCCCAAGAACGUCUGUGAGAAGGUUUACCGUCAACCUCCAUUACGUGACUCUAUGAGAAAAGGGAAGCUCAAAAAGCAAGAUUUUGUUGUCACGAAGCAAAAGGCAGCUCUUCUGCUGGCAGCUGAUUCAAUUGGGAAGAAAAUUCAAUAUGACUGUCCUGGCUUCUUACCCAAUAGACGUCAGCAUCGCAUGGCAGGAUUAGCUGCUAUAGAAAUCGCCCAAAAGGUUUCAAAAGUUUGGCGCUCUCUGCAAGCGGAAUGGAGAAAUGCUAAGAAGGGCACUCUGAAAUCUGGCAAGAGAGCAAGGAGAAGGGAUAGAAUCAAUCUGCCCAGCCAGAACAGAGGCGGUGCCGGCUGCAGCACAAGUAGCUCUUCAGAAACUUCAGCUUCAUAUAUAAUUGCUGAAGAUAGAUUAUCAGGCCGUGGUAGGAUAUCAUGGCAAGAUAUUUAUUCGGUGGCUGUUAAGUGGCGUCAGAUCUCAGAACCUUGUGACCCUGUUGUUUGGGUUAACAAGUUAAGUGAGGAGUUCAAUGCUGGCUUUGGGUCUCACACUCCGAUGAUCCUUGGACAAGCGAAAGUUGUUCGCUACUACCCUAAUUAUGAGAGAACAUUAGAUGUUGCAAAGACGAUCAUAAAGGAAAAGGCUUAUGUGCGCAGCAAAACAGAUGGCAUUAUUGACCUGUCCAAAGACGGCAAAUUGGAGGAAAUAAUGAAUGCUAAAUCCUGCUCGGAUCUUUACAAAGCUGUUGGUGAGGACUUCUGGUUGGCUACAGGGUGCAACAGCACUGCACUCGAGGGGAAACAACUUGAAGGGACGAGGAUCACUGUAGUGAAAAUGGAGCAUGGAUAUGACUUUGCAAUCCGAACCCCAUGCACUCCUGCUAGGUGGGAGGACUUUGAUGAAGAAAUGCAAGCUGCAUGGGAGAAUCUCUGCAACACCUUCUGCGGUGAAAACUAUGGCUCUACUGAUUUCGGUGUGCUGGAGAAAAUGAGAGAUGCUAUCUUGAGGAUUACUUAUUAUUGGUAUAACUUUAUGCCGCUGUCGAGAGGAACAGCUGCUGUCGGGUUUGUUGUCCUGCUAGGCCUUCUUCUUGCUGCCAAUAUGGAGUUCACUGGCAGCAUCCCCAAGGGCUUACAGGUGGACUGGGAGGCCAUCCUCAAUUUCCACCCGAACUCUUUCACAGAUUCUGUUAAGAGCUGGUUAUAUCCUUCUCUCAACGUGUCCACUUCCUGGAAAGAGUAUCCUGACGUUAUGUCAACUCUCUCUACAACGGCAUCGGUUGUUGCUGCUCUGAGCCAUUGUGAUGAUCAAACGGCUUAAAUUCUUUCUUCCUCUCAGUGCCAGAGAAACCUCUACUAUGAUUCACCUUUCAUAUGAAGGAAAUUGAAGAAAAUGGAAUUUGCAACCGUAAGACAAAGAUAGAACAUUCACAAUCCAAUUCUUCGAAGCAAAAACAAUGUCUGUUAGGCUGAAAAGUUUAUCACUUUUUAAUGCCCGGCUUCUCAUGUGUCAAGAGUAUGAAGCUGAGAAGCAGAGAAGCCCUAUAUCGGGGCCGCUUAAAUUGGUAGAAAACUCGAAGAGAGCAGCUCUGGGCCAUGGACUUGCAGCGGCAGGGAUUGUUGUACCGUGAAUUUUCGUACAACCGACUUGUACCGAUGUACUAUGAUGUAACAUUUGAAAAUGUGUUUUGUACUCAAUAAGGAAAAAUUGGUACAGUAUUUAUUUCCAGUUUUCUCAGGUGUGAUGUAAUUUCAUCUUCUUUUAUAUAAUGACGUAUUAAAUCCCAAAUAUAUUUCAUGUUUCGACA